AUGAUCCCGUACUUCAGGUAUGGCAUCGACAUCAGCCGCCACCACCUCAAGGGCAUAUACGUCUGCUCCAUCGGCCGCAACAAGCGCCAGUCCUCCCGCCCGCCGGUCGGCAUUACCUGCACCCUGCGCGAGACUCGCGACGGGGACCUCACCGCCGGCGAGCCCCAGGAGCCGGGUGGCCCGGAGUACUCGCCGAUUGCGCUGUGUUAUCAGGGGGUGCACACCAUCUUGCGGCCAUGGAACCCGUACUCCUGCGUCAUCGCGGCCGGCGUGCAGAACCAGUUCCUCCACUUCCCGAUCCGGCCGCGUAGCCGUAUUUUCGUUCUAGGCUGUUCCCUCCAGACCCUGAGCCACCUGGCCGACAUCCUGGGCCCCACCGGGCAACUUAUAGGGGUGAUGGCCGCGGACGACCCGAGCCCGCCGAGCCGGGCGGAGCUCGGCAGGUUCCUCAGGAGACACCCGCAGGUGUGGGUCGUGACGGAGGACAUCCCGCAGGCCUCCCUGGAGCGGUACGAGCUGCUGCUGAGCCUGCCCGAGGCGUGCAAGCACGCCUUCCUCAUGGCGCUGCACCCGCGGCUGGGGGCCGACAGCGCCGCCCACGCGCUCGCGGGCGCGAAGGGCUCCCAGAAGGUCCUGCGGCGGAUCUUCGACUUCCUGGAGUUCCCGGACGCCGCCAAGGCGAGAUGCCUGGUGGUCUGCUACUGCACGCCAGAGACCCGCGUGGCCGUCAUCCGCGACAUUGUCAGCUCGCACGUGGACAUACUGCAGCGGUGGCGCGUGCCAGGCAAGGGCACCAAGGACAGGGUCGAGGGCAGCUCGGAGCACAGCGGCAGCGUCCGCGAGGACGCGCGGGGGUGCGCGGACGGAGUGCAGCCCUGA